UCCCUCCCUGCCGCCCGCCGGCCGGGAUCAUGUCGCCGCCGCUCUUCAGCCUGCCCGAGGCGCGGCUCCGCUUUACGACAUCCACCAGAGAGGCUCUGAUUAACAAAAGCAUCAAGCCGUUGUUGAAUGCAUUUAACCAGGUUCCUGGAAGUGAAAAUGAAAAGAAGUGUACCUUGGAUCAAGCUUUUAGAGUUGUUGUAGAAGAAGAAAUAAUAAACAAAGCUCCAUGUGAGAAUCUCCUGGCAAUUAUUUCUCUUGCUAUUAAUGGAGUCACAGAAGGUAUCUGCACUGCAUCAACUCCUUUUGUGCUUUUGGGGGAUGUUCUGGAUUGCCUCCCUUUGGAUCAGUGUGACAAAAUUUUCACUUUUGUGGAGAAAAAUGUUGCUACAUGGAAAUCGAACACAUUUUACUCUGCAGGGAAGAAUUACUUGCUGCGCAUGUGCAAUGAUCUCCUAAGAAGAUUAUCUAAGUCACAAAACACAGUCUUUUGUGGAAGAAUUCAGCUGUUCUUGGCUAGGUUAUUUCCACUUUCAGAAAAGUCAGGACUUAACCUACAGAGUCAGUUUAACCUGGAAAAUGUCACUGUUUUCAAUACCAAUGAACAUGAGAGCACUCUGGGACAGAAGCACACUGAGGAGAGGGAAGAAGGAAUGGAUGUGGAAGAAGGUGAAAUGGGAGAUGAUGAAGCACCAACGAGUUGUUCCAUUCCAAUAGAUUAUAACCUGUAUAGAAAAUUCUGGUCACUUCAAGAUUAUUUUAGAAAUCCUGUGCAGUGUUAUGAGAAGGUGUCAUGGAAAACAUUUCUUAAGUACUCGGAAGAAGUUUUGGCUGUUUUCAAAAGUUACAAAUUGGAUGACACUCAGGCUUCCCGAAAAAAGUUGGAAGAACUAAAAACAGGAGGAGAACAUGUGUAUUUUGCAAAGUUCCUAACUAGUGAAAAGCUGAUGGAUUUACAGCUGAGUGACAGUAACUUCCGUCGUCACAUCUUGUUGCAGUACCUAAUACUAUUUCAGUAUCUAAAGGGACAAGUCAAAUUUAAAAGUUCAAACUAUGUUCUAACAGAUGAACAGUCUCUUUGGAUUGAAGAUACUACAAAAGCAGUCUACCAGCUUCUUUCAGAAAAUCCUCCAGAUGGGGAAAGAUUCUCAAAAAUGGUAGAGCAUAUAUUAAAUACUGAAGAAAACUGGAACUCAUGGAAAAAUGAGGGCUGCCCAAGCUUUGUGAAAGAAAGACCUCCUGAUUCUAAGCCAAUGAGGCCUGUGCGGAAGAGGCCAGCUCCAGAGGACUUCUUAGGAAAAGGAUCAAACAAAAAAAUCCUUAUGGGGAAUGAGGAGCUGACCCGCCUUUGGAAUUUAUGUCCUGAUAACAUGGAAGCCUGUAAAUCUGAGAGUAGGGAAUAUAUGCCAACACUGGAGGAAUUUUUUGAGGAAGCUAUUGAACAAGCAGACCCUGAAAACAUGGUUGAAAAUAAAUAUAAGGCUGUGAACAAUUCUAACUAUGGCUGGAGAGCACUGAGACUUCUGGCACGCAGAAGUCCCCACUUCUUCCAGCCAACAAACCAACAGUUCAAGAGUUUACCUGAAUAUCUAGAAAACAUGGUAAUCAAAUUAGCCAAGGAGCUGCCUCCUCCUUCUGAAGAAAUAAAAACAGGUGAAGAUGAAGAUGAGGAAGAUAAUGAUGCUUUAUUAAAGGAAAACAAUGAAAGUCCAGAGGUGCAACGGGACAAAGCCAUGACGGGCGAGCAGAUCGAGUCCUUUGCCAACAGGCUGGGGGAGCAGUGGAAGGCCUUGGCCCCCUACUUGGAGAUGAAGGAGUCUGACAUCCGGCAGAUCGAGCUGGACAGCGAGGAUGUGAAGAUGAGAGCCAAGCAGCUGCUGGUGGCCUGGCAGGAUCAGGAGGGCUCUCACGCCACCCCCGAGAACCUGAUCACAGCGCUGACCAAGGCCGGCCUCGGGGAGCUGGCCGAAAGCCUCACCAACGACACCGAAGGCAGCAGCUAACUCGCCUCAGAUGCCAACUGACUGACUUGGGGCUGGGGGUUGGUAAUUGUCACUCUUCUGGUGCUUGCCAUUGAUAAUUGUUACUUUUGUCGCUAGGCAAUAGAUUUUUGAUAGGUAUUUUAUGUUCGGUAAAUGAUAUAAAGCUUUUUAAUAUUACUGUUGGAUUGUCCAGAGUGUCUGAGACAAAGGAUUAGUCGCUGUGGCCUGGAACUAGGAAGCUUUAUCUUUGGUGGUAGAACAUGAAAGGGAGGAUGGAGAGUCCUUGCAGCUUUUGGGGCAGGCUCUGGGAGUUUGGCACCAGCAGAACUCGGGUUGCUCCUGCUGGACAGAGAAUUGGCAGGCUCGUUCCUCACAGCAGGGAAGAACUGUGUGUGAAGGACUUUGGAGUCACUCUUUGGGGUCAUGGGAGCUGGGGACUGUCAAAAGAGGUAAAAUGAGAGAGUUGUGAUGGCACUCCAAGGCACAGCACUGCCUUCCAGGGAAGAAGCGCUGUCCUGCUCUCCCACUGAAGCACUGGUUCAGUCAGUGAUCAAGGGAUUUCCAUGCUGGUUUUUGUUAGUGAUUACUUUUAGCUUCUCAUUCUUUGGCUGUGUAGGAACACUCCUGAGUACUGGUAAACAAAGAAGUUUUUUUGUCACAGGUAAUUGUGAAGGUUUCAUUUUAAGGCCAAGGUUAUCUGUAGCUGUUUUCCCUCAAAAUGUGAGAGGUUUUUGUGGUGUUAAGUGGCAGCUGGCUACAACUUGUUCUGUGGCUAGUUUGUGUAGUGCUUCUGUCACUGAACUCUGUAUUUCUUCAGCUAUUCACUCAUAGCUGUGAAUUUCCAGCAUGAUUAGCUACUACCUCAAAGGAGAGUUCCUGCCUGCAGAGCCAUUGAUUUUGUGUCUGCCCCACUCCAGACUUAAAUUAGGAACUUGAUUAGGGUGCUUCAGUGAAGCUUGGUAGGGGCAGAGAUACAGAAAAUUAUUGGAAAUAACAGCCCAGGUCGGCAGCUCCUGCUGCAGGUAGGGGCUGGUAGAAGGUGUGAACUUCAACAGUUUCAACUGGUUAAAGGACUUGAGCAUAUUGUGAGUGGAGCUGUGCAGGUGUGACUGACAACUUCAGUGCUGGGAAAACUGAGGAUGACAGUGGGAGGAUGUAGUUCCAUAAAGGAGUAACCACACCAUCUCUCCUUCCCCUGUAACAGGAUCCAGAACAAGAAUUUAACCCUGGAGGUGUUUCUGUGGGGCCUGCAGGAACAGAGCCAGCACUGCCUUGGGGGCUUCCUUAAUGGGCAGAACUUGCCUUGAAGCAUCCACUUAAAAUAGAGCCCCAGGCCUUUGGUAUGCUCCCAGGUGAAGCUGUGCAGGAAGGUGGCACUGGAGUAACAGUUGCAAGGCAGAAGAGCUGAGUGUGAUGGCCACAGGUUAUGCCAGGUCCCAGGGAAGGGUAAAAGGACCCUUUCUGAUCAAGUGAGGCACAAGCAAACUCACCACCCUGCCAACAGAAGUGAAAGUAUUUGAUAUGAAUAUGGACCAGCUCUUCAGCAGGCACUGGGACACAUCAACACUGGGAACCUGUACAGCAAGGGGUGAGGGGGUUGAUGACCUUGAUAGUGCUUUUUAGCCUGUAGUGCCGAAAGGCUUUUUUUACAGCAGUCACACACAUCCAGUUACUGCAGAAGGUCCUGUAAAUAAGCAAAGCCCAGUUUUGCAGCCACCACACUGGACUUAGCUACUGAAUAAUGAGUAACAGGACAGGAGACACAUCCCUACAGCUUAAAAAAAAAAGUGACUUUAUUCCAUGACUGCUUUGAGACAUUCGUCAGUGGUGGCCCAAGAAGUGAAAACAAACGCAUACUGACUACAGUACCAGGACAGGAGCUGUUUUUAAUGGAGACACAUUGUUGAUCACAAUUUAUUCUGAAAUCAUGAGAUGCCAGCAACAGAACAGACUGAAUCAGCAGGUCAGGCUGGACAAAUACUUGAUUGUAGCCACAGCUGUUGGCUACGGGCAGCAGCACUGAGUUACACAACAAGGCAACGCUUUCUCUUCUACCUUCCUAACAGAACUGCCAGGUAAGGCAAAGGAUGGACAGCUACUGAACUGUGGUAUAAACCAUGCAAGAGUAACAAAUGUGAGAGUAGGUGUGUAAUAAAUACUUGAUGACAUUAGAGAAGAAGGAGGAGGAGAGGCUCAUUAAAAAAAAAUUAUCUUCUGCAAGACAUUAAAGCUAUUUUAAGUAUUGUCACCACCACAGUGGGCAGUCCAGUCCCAUAGUGACUAAUUGGUACAUGGAUCAGUUUUAAAACAAUAUCCCUCUGCACAUGAGAAGGUUUGAACAAAUUAUUUAUCCACUUGCUAAAGCUCUGGGGUUAAAGAAGUGAUCAGUAAUCAACAUUUAUUUCACACCUAGGCAGAAUGGCUAGAACGGAAGACUAUUGUUCAGCUGCUUCUUCAACAACUUCAAUCCUGCGAGGCCCGUAGAGUAGAACAUAAGCUAUAUGCCAGUCUCCACCCCCAGAUAACCUCAAAAUGUCUUCAGGUGUAACAAUGCUGACUUUGUCGUCAUCAAAUUUAAUCCAUUCAUCUGCAAGGAAAACAAGAGGAUCAUUUGUAACUUAGGUGCAUAAAAUCUAAGCUUGCUUAACAGCCCCUUUGCUGAAAGGAGCUGUGAUGAGUGGUUAACAGGGCUGCAAUUUGUUUAUUAUUUUUUACCUUGUUUCCUUUUAACCCAAGACACAUAAUGCCCAGAGGAACUUGAUCUGCCUUGAUGAGUUAGCACUGCCUGCAGGUCAUAAUAGCCGCAAUUGUUAGAGCCAAUAUCUGAAGGGGAAAGAAAAAGUAACCUUGAGUCUUACUUGAUGCAUCAGCCAGGCCACAGCACCACAGGUGUGUGUGUGCAAAAGCCCAGCUACAGCACAGUACAAAACCAUUGUGAACUAAAGCAGCAGCUCUCAGCCAGGAGAGUCUCAGGAAACUGAAGAUGUUGUGCAUUCUUAUGAAAUAAAUAUGUACACCAAAGUAUUACUGAUGUAAUUAAUGCACAGGCUGAGUGCUUUGGGCCUUCAGGCUCCAAGCCUCCCCAAAACUGAGCCAACACCAGCACCAUCACAGCACUUUUAGAAGUCCAGUUUAAGUUUUUGUUUGGAUUUCAGCCUUCUACCACCCACUGACAAGUCAGCGUGCACAUUACAAGCAAAUGUCUUUUGAUGUGCCUGUCUUCUAUUAUCACCAGCUUGUCAGAUGGAUGGCAGUUAUGCCUUUCACUAUCUCAAUGUUUUGGUUUACCUAAUCUUUCCAUUCCUGUCAGUCUUUCAAGAUUAAUUUUCAAAAGCAUUAAAGAGACCGGGUUCUCAAAAUAGUGCUACCAUCAGGUACACUUAAGCACAAGUAAAUAGGAAGUUACUUUAAAGUAGAUUUGCUUCCCUGUACUCACCAUCAGGAAAAGAAAAUGGUUCAUAUUUAACUUCUUUCUGUGCACCAUCACUUUUACUAGACUAAAAAAGAGAGUAAGUUGAAUUAAUGUGGAGCAGUUUAAUAAAAGCUCUAGCACAAUCACAUCAAAUCCCAAGUCUCCAUUAAUUAAAGUGCAUUUCUAAGUCUAAACAUUUUUGUUCAACUUGAAAGAAAUUCAUAAUUGUAUUUUUUAGGUGGACAUACAAAACCCUUAUCUGAAGAAGAUCAGUUUUAAAGCAAAUACAUUUUAGCACAUACUGCCUGCAGUGUUCACCCACGAGAUUUAUGGGUUUGUUUAUGAAACAAUUCUGCAAUUGCAGAUUUAUUCCUUGGUGGGGGCUUGCUAGCAGCAGAAGUGACAAUAAGAAAAUACCAGAGACAGACUCUCAGUGCCAAUACAUUCUGUUCAAAAAUAGCACUCUUUCCUUGCUCCCAUCUGUGUAAGAGGGGAUGCAAGCCUUAUCCAAAUGCUUAAAAGAAUUUGCAAUGAGUUAGGCCAGGAAAAAUACCAGCAAACUUUAAAAAAUGGCUAAAACAUGACAGUUUUUAGCUCAUUUACUUUUGUCUUCAAUAAAGACAGGGAAGUCAGCAUUAUGUAGACAGGAUAAGACAUGAGACCAUUUCCCAAGUUUUUACAGUGCUGACUUCAGGCUCACUAGUACACGUACUCUAAUUUUUACCAGUCAGGCACAUGACAGUGUCUUGUACAACCCUUUCCAGCUGCUGAGCAGGGAAUGGCUUCCUACACUCCACUGAAGAAGGGAGCAGCCACCUAACAGUAAUAUUUGAAGAGAAUAAUUCUGUGUAACUUACAGCAAACUUUUGGGCAUAGCUGAAAAUACAGGAUAAAAAGAUCUAAAGCUCAAUACCAAGGAGUUUGCUAUGUAAGAAAAUAAUAUAUUUAGGGACAGCAAGUUUUCUCUAGUCCUUAUUAGUACCCCAAUGUCAGAUGUAUGAGUUAGUGAAAGCAUCAGGAGACUUACGUUCUUUGGCUGUUGAUUUACUUUUUUGUCUUCUAGGUCUUUGAAUUUUGAUCGAUAAGAAACCAUUUUUUCCUGCAGGUCGGGCGUACACAGCUCAUACACAUCCAACAUAAGAGGAAAUUUGACAUCCUAGGAAGUAAAAGACAAAGGUUUAUUAGCAUGAUUUGGUACUCCACAUUAAAGCAUUCUCCCAUGGGAAGACAACACAAUCAAAUUAAAUGAAACCCUCUUCAAAUUGAUGGCAACCUGACCUACUGGGAUUCUUUUAGUAUUUACCAAAAGAGCUACAAUGCUUUCACUGAAGAAUGUCUAAUUCAGUACAAACAAACAACUUUAUAUUAUUACAUUCAGCAUAGACUAACAAUAAAUCAGAUUCUUUAUUGCUAGCUGUCAUACUUUCACACUAUGGAAAUACCUGUACAGGCCUAAGGGAAAAGAAAAAAGAGGCAAGCAUGUAGAAUGACUGUACCCUGGCAAAAAUGUUAUUUUGUGCUAUCCAAACUACCUUCUGAAACAGUUAACAUGUACCUUUAAUCCUUAUUUCAUUUCCUCCUCUUGUAAGGAAAGAGCACCUAUCAUGAUGCUCCUGGGUAGCCUGCGAGGCCUGUCGGCCAUGGCCAACAGAAAGCAAAACAGAACAUUCAGCUGUUGGCAGCUGGUUCCUGCAUUUGUCCAUCAGAAAGCCAGACAAUUAAAAUAACUAAUACAGGAAGUGUCUGACAGCAUAAACAUCUCCCAUCAACAUUAGAACACUGUUCAGAGUUUGAAAGCAUGGCCCUCUCCUUAGUUAAACAUUCUUCUCAGAACCACUGGUGAGAAAAGACCAAAAAACAUCUUGUAUUGUGUCAUGAUGUAAUAUUAGCAGUACUGGGACAAAUUCACUUUUGCCCCUCACCUCCUUCCUCAGUCUAUUUUGGGUAGUGUAGUUUGCCAUACACCAUCACAACUGGGAACAAAACUAUUUGGCACUUGAGCAAAGGAACUGCACUCUUUAAUGUUUUUAAAUGCAAUUUAAAGGUGAACAAUUAAGAAAGUAGUCUUCAAGUCCUCAUUGUCUACCCUUAAUAAAAACUCACAGAAAACAUAAAGAGGAAUUGAAUUUCAAUAUGCAAAAAACUUACCUUAAGAACUUUUGCAUUCACAGAUUCUUUCUCUUUGUAAAAAAAUCUAACCAUCUGAAUAGUCAGGUACGCUGGCAAGCGACUAAUUUUGGACUACAAAAAAAAAAUUAGAAAAAGGUAUUACUUUAAAUAUUCACAGAUCUUUUUUACCUUAAACACUGGUCAUCCUAAAUUACUGUCUAUUCUGGGAAUGUAUUUGUACACAAACCCACAGGAAUAAAAUAAAGUUUCCUUUAUUGAA